GAAAGGGGCAAAAUUUACACAGAGAAGAGAAAAAGCCAGUUUGGUGGAGAGAGGGAGAGAGAGAGAGAUGGCUGGGGUAGUGAGGAAUGCGUUGAAGUCGAUAAGGGAAAAGGGGCUCCGCAAUUUCUUCGGCGAGCUCAAGGAAGAAGGCUAUUUGUAAGUUCCAAUCCCAUUUUCUCCAGCUAUUUAUUUCUUUCAUCUGGAGGAUUUUAAUUAGUCCAUUUUCGUUCGUUCAUGACUUUUUUUUUUUUUUUUAAAUUGAGAUUCGGAUCCUGCUUUUUUGUUUUGAUUAUGAUUUUUAUUAAAAAAAAAAUAGAAACAAAAUUGGAUUCAUCUUUGGAAACACUUAGCUUUGAUCUCUGAUUAAAGAUUUCGUGGCGUUUUUGUUCCUUGUCCCUCUAGUUGUUGUUCAAUGCGUCGUAUUGUCUCCUCUUUGUAAUAAGCAUUUGUUAAAGGUUUAUUCAUUAAUAUGUUAGAAAAUGUAACAAGAGGUGUUUUUGUUCCCAACUCCCGAGGUAUGUUUUUAGAUUGCCGUCAUUCAUAAAGCCUUAGGGGAAAGAUUUGAGUGUUUUGAGUAAGAGUGGAUUGCAGAUAACAACUCUUGGAUUUGAGUUAGAGGAAGGAUUUUCCUCCCGAAAGACUUAGUACCCUUAUAGCCGUCACUUAUUUUCUAAACGAGCUUUGCAGAACUAUUGUGCCUAUUGCAGAUGUAUCAGAAUUAUGUGUUUCUGCAGACUUGUGCAUUAAACUGACUUGAGAAGUGUACUUGAAUCUGCAACUUUGGAAUGAUUGGAGGCUGUAUUCUUAUUUUCAUUUUUUUGGGUGCAAGGGCACACCAGCUUCAUUGUAUCUAAUGGUGGUUUGAAAUGCUUGUCAGUUACCAGUUUAUUAAAUUGUUGUAAUCAGUCUGAACUCUGCACUUUGUUGAGGCAUACCUUCUAUCAAUUGAGAUUCCUCCAUCUUUAUCUAGGUGUUGCUGAUUAUCUAUUUUUCCUUUCUUGCUUCUUUGCAGGAAAUGCCUCUUGGAUGGAAAUCUUCUGCAGACAAAGAUGCAAAAUAUUGGUGCAACCCUUGUUGGCAUUGAUAAAUUUGGCAACAAAUACUAUGAAAAAUUCGGUGACACUCAAUAUGGGAGACACCGGUGGGUGGAAUAUGCAUCAAAGGAUCGCUACAAUGCUUCCCAGGUCCCACCCGAAUGGCACGGUUGGCUGCAUUUUAUAACUGAUCACACGGGAGAUGAGCUUCUAUUGCUGAAACCCAGUAGAUAUGGGGUUGAGCACCGGGAGAACUUAUCUGGGGAAGGUGAUGAGUACAUUUACCACUCCAAAGGGCACUCCCUUAACCCAGGACAGAGGGACUGGACCAGAUACCAACCUUGGAAACCCACGAAGGCCUAAUUCGGCUUUUCUGAGGUUCCAAAAUGGAAUGAAAGCUAAUCAGAGUAUUGGUUGGAUGCUUCUGGCUGUUACCUUUUUGUAAUAAUAAAUUCCUUGUCGUUAUAGGAAGAUGAGACUCUGUGUCAAUAGUGAAGAUUCAUUCCUUUCCCUUGAGUGUACUUAUUGAUGAUGAUGAUAAUGAUAAUGACGCGGAAUAAGCAUCUGGGAGUUCUGUACCCUUUUUUUUUUCUUUUUCGGGAUUUUUGUACCUUGAGCUCGGU